CAUUACUUGCAAGAACAGAGAGAGAGAGAGAAAAGAGUCCAAACAUUCUCUUCAUCCGUCUUUCGUCUUCUCUAAGUUUAUCAAUCUUGUACGAUUUCUUCUACUCAACACCAACACCAACAACAACAACACACUUAGGGUUCUUCCAUGGCGUCGCUAGGAACCCCGCUUUCCCAAUUUCAAUCCCUUUCUUGCACCAAAUCCUGCAUCCGGCUCCCCUCACCUGCUCUCCCUCUUCAAUUCCGACGGAGAUCAUCGCCGGCGCUCCGGGGCAUGCCGAUGAAGGCGGUUGUUGUUGUGUCUGCAACGACGGCGGCGGAGACGUCCAACAAGAAGCGGUACCCUGGGGAGUCGAAGGGGUUUGUGGAGGAGAUGAGGUUUGUGGCGAUGAAGCUACACACGAGGGAUCAGGCUAAGGAGGGCGAGAAGCCCGUCACGGAGCCCGAGGAAAAGCCCGUCGCUAAGUGGGAACCAACCGUUGAUGGCUACCUUAGGUUCCUUGUUGAUAGCAAGUUGGUUUACGACACUCUCGAGAAGAUCAUCGAUGAAGCUCCUUAUCCUUCAUAUGCUGAAUUCAGAAAUACAGGACUCGAAAGGUCUGCGAGUUUGGCGAAAGAUUUGGAGUGGUUUAAGGAGCAAGGCUAUACCAUUCCUGAACCUUCCUCUCCUGGCCGUAGUUAUGCCGAGUAUCUUAUUGAGUUGUCGCAGAAGGAUCCACAGGCUUUCAUUUGCCACUUUUACAAUAUCUACUUUGCCCAUACAGCUGGUGGUCGAAUGAUUGGGAGAAAGGUUGCUGAAAUGUUGUUAAACAAAAAGGAGCUGGAGUUUUAUAAAUGGGAUGGUGACCUUUCCCAGUUGUUGCAGAAUGUGAGGGACAAGUUGAAUAAAGUUGCCGAAGAAUGGACUCGGGAAGAGAAGAACCACUGUCUUGAAGAAACAGAAAAAUCGUUCAAGUUCUCAGGAGAGAUUCUCCGUUUAAUUCUUUCAUGAUCAUGAUAAUACAUGCUCUAUUAUAUGGUUUAUUUACAAGCAUUAAAGUGCAUGGCGCAAGUCAAGAAUAUUGCAAUAUGUGUAUAUAUGUUUUAAUUUUAAGUUCAAGAUGCAAUAGACUGAAUGUUGAUUCCCAGAUAUAAAAAAGUUAACUUCCUAAA